AUGGAAAAUUACUCUGAAGAAUUCAUGUUUGUACUUCAUGGACUGAAUGACACAUCAACAAACAGACAUAUUUACUUUGCAUUUGGUCUUCUUUUCUAUAUUUUGACGCUGUUUGUAAAUUUGAUGUUAAUAAUAACAGUUAUUCUGGAUAAGACACUUCAUGAACCUAUGUAUCUGUUUAUAUGCAGUUUAUUUGUAAAUGGAAUAUGUGGUGCUUCUGCUUUCUAUCCAAAAAUUCUUGCUGAUCUUUUAUCAGACUAUCAUGUAAUAUCAUAUACAGUGUGCCUGGCACAAACAUGUGUAAUUUUCUGUUAUGCUUUGUGUGAACUUGCAUGUUUAACAGUCAUGGCAUAUGACAGAUACGUAGCAAUUUGUAAACCUUUGGAAUAUCUGUGUAUUAUGACACACCAGAAGAUUGUCAAACUGCUGGCUUUUAGUUGGCUCUUCUCCUUACUGCAAACAACAAUUGGUGCGGUACUGACAGUCAGACUGCCCUUAUGUGGUAAUCAUAUUGACAUGCUUUAUUGCUCUAACUGGGAGGUUGUUAAGCUAUCUUGCAAAGAUGUGACUAUGAUGGAUAUGUAUGGGAACAUACUAAUAAUUUAUCAUGUUUCCCAAGUAAUAUUUGUCAUUGUGUCAUAUAUUCACAUCAUAAGAACUUCUUUACAAUCCAAGGCAGGGAGGGUUAAAUUUAUGCAGACAUGUCUUCCACAUUUAAUCACACUCACAAACUUCACCGUUUCCCUACUCUUCGAUAUCAUAUAUUCUCGCUAUGUCAAAAGUCAAACACAGCAAGCUCUACACAAUAUCUUGGGUAUGGAGUUUCUUGUUGUGCCUCCUCUCCUAAAUCCCAUAAUAUAUGGAAUGAAACUCACCCAGAUGCGGCGCCAGUUUGUAAAAAUAUACUGGAAGAGCCUUAAAGCAGUGAGACAGGGCUGA